AUGUACCAAUCAAUAGACAUCGACAAAAUAAUAAAAGAGGAGGGAAAAUCAUCACCAAAACGCCUCUACACGUUUUGUAUGCAUGGCUCAAACGAGGAGCCGAUCUGCCAACCUUACGAUUACUUGAGUGGGUUACCUAGUAAUAACAACAACAUCCGACGGAAAUUCAUUGAGUUAUUCCAUGAGUUAUUUUUCCAAGAGGAAGAUUAUACGCACAAAAAAGCGGCUGUCAAUGAAGUCAUUUCGCUUUUGCACAAUUCAUCAUUGCUUAUUGACGAUAUAGAAGACAAUUCAAAAUAUCGCCGAGGGUUUCCCUCGGCCCAUGUAAAAUACGGGAAGCCUUUGACCAUAAAUUGUGCCAAUUUGAUGUACUUUAGAGCUAUGGAAACGGCAGCAGGUACACUUGAUCACUUUGUGCAUGCAGAUGAGGCAGAACGCAAUUUGCGAUCACGUGACUUGAAUCGUGAUUUUGUCUACGAAAUGACGAACUUACAUGAGGGACAGGGCCUUGAUAUUUACUGGCGAGACUUUUUACCCGAGUUGCAUCAAUUACCCACUAUUGAAGAGUAUUUAACAAUGGUGCAAAAUAAAACUGGUGGGUUGUUUAGACUAUCCGUCAGAUUACUAGAUGUUUUUAAAUACAAACGACUUGAGGAGGAAAAACUCGAUAAAGUAAUUGCAAUUGCAAACUUGGCUGGGAUUAUAUAUCAGAUACGAGAUGACUAUUUGAACUUGGUUGACGCUCGCUAUUCUACCAUGAAGGGUAUUGCUGGGGAAGAUUUAAUCGAAGGUAAAUUGUCCCUUCCAAUAUUGAUCAAUUUACGAGACGAAACGGAUCCAACGAAUUCCCCCGUCCACAAAAUACUAUAUGAGUUCAGGUCACUGAAGCUUAGAAGCAAACAAUCCAACUUGUUACAAAAGGCAGUAACUUAUUUGCAUGAGAAGGGCUCCAUGUCUCAAACACAUACAAUGUUGGUGCAGUUCAAACAAAAGUUCCACUCAUUGCUCGCAGAGUUUGGAUAUGGUAAUUCAGAAUUGUACAAGUUAAUCGAGACUCUCUGUGACGUGUAA